CCUAUGAAGAAAACGACGUACGCACGUACGACAACGGCAGUAGUAACAUCCGUGGCAGUGCGCUCGUUCUUUCGUGCGCCCUUAAGUAAAGCUCAGAUUAAAUACCAUGCCUUUGGCUUUAACCCUUUUCCUCUUUCCCGGAAUGUAAUUAAAGAGAAGUAUAUAGUGACUCCAAUCAAAGAAAAAUGAAGAUCGGCCUAAAGUUUGAAGGGUCCUAAAAAAAAAAAAGAAGAUAUUCAAUUGGUAUAAAACAGAUACAAAUUUGUGAUAGCAUAUAGAUAUUUAAAAAAAUUAAAAAAAAAAAAAAAAAUAAAAAAGAAGAGAGAGAUAGAAAAAGAGAAUGAGAAGAGGAGAGAGAGGGAGAGAGAGGAACAAAUUGUGAUAAAGUUAGAGAGAUAUCAGAAGGAAGAUUACAAAAGAAAAAUAUUUAUACGCUUAGAAGGGGGUGGAAAAAAAUAUCAACUAUGUACAGGCGUGUGAAUGAUCAAAAAAGAAGUUGGUCGCAGAGCGUCGUGCCUUGCGGCGCCGCGACAACGCGUCUCAAGAUCUGACUCUUCUUCUUCUUCUUCCUUUGAAGAAUCGAACAGAGCAAACGAGAAUAAACAGAGAAAAAGAGAAAUAAGGAGGGAGAGUGUGUGCAUGUGUAAAAGUGCCGGCGAAUAAAGAAGGAAAGGUCAAUACGAAAUAGAACACAACUCACCGUGGGCUAGAUGCCAAAGAAAAUGUUAACUGACAAUCGUGAUGUCUCGUAAAUCCAAACGAUUAGAAAAUACGCGUUUCACGGUGUGAACAGUUCAUCGUGAUCAAUCUUUGUCCUAUUAAUAGUGUUUCCUAAAUAGUAGAAAAUCAUUUGAAUAGAUUUUUAGCUACAAUGGCUUUAGUUAUGCUUCCUUGUGACCUACCAUGGUGGCCAGCUGUGGUAAAACAAUUGGACAGAGCAGCACUCGCCAAAAACUCCACGGAUCUUUUGGACGCGAUGCAGAGAUUGCACGACAUGUGCAACAUAAGCCUAGAUCCCGAAGAGGACAUUCAAGACCCCGAGUUGUUUACAGGAUUAGGGAAAUUUCUCGAUGAGGAUCUCGACUCUAACGAGCGGGAACAAAUAUUCACUAAAACAAUACCACGAAUGGUAGAGAGAGCUAAAUCUUUGAGAUCCACAAAACCUCCUCUGGGCUUACACUACAGCCUACAGCAACAAGGAGAUAGCGUCGAGUACAGCUACGCUUUUGUCUCUUCUCUCAUCGCUAAUGCAUUUUUCUCAACGUAUCCAAAAAGAACGACAAAGACACACCCCACCUUAAGAGAUUUCAACUUCACUAAUUUCUUCAAACAUCUGCACACGAAUUGUCAGAAGGCAAAAUUGAGAAGCAUAUUUCGUUACUACGAUUAUCUCGAAAACGAAGAUGCUUUGGAUGGGCGAGUUACUAUUUCGAGACAGGUAAUGACAUCAAAGCAAUGGUUGACUAUUGAAGAUUGGCUCGAAAGUAAUAUACCACUUUGUCCAUUAACGAUUCGUCAUGAAGGUCGUUUGGGAAGGCAAGAAACAGAAACCGUUUACGUUUGUUUCGCAAGUGCGAGAUUCGGGGGUGGAAUACUCGAUGGUGAUAUCACACAAGAAACCAUACAUAUAGCAACUCAUCCAGAAAUGAUCGCAGCAAUUUUGUCAGUCGAGGCUUUGGAGGAUAACGAAGCUUUGGUAGUCGAAAAUGUUAGGCGUAUAUCUAUCAUAAACGAUCCCCAUAACAGAGCAAUAUUUGAAGCUGUUCCCAAACCAAAUACUGUAACCAUUUGCUGUAUAGAUCCAGAAGAUUAUUCGAGAUUACCGUUAACUCAAUUCGAAGAGGACAACAUUUUGAGAGAAAUGAACAAGUCUCUUCUAGGAUUCCGACAAAGACACGUACCGAGUAGCCCAACAGAUCCAAUCAAAACUGAAUUAGAUCCCGAUGGGAGUUUAGGAGCUCGGAGAUUGUCGCCGAUUGGUGAAAGUUUUAGUAGCACUCCACCUGAAAUUGAGAAUGAAAAUAAAUUCUACGAGGCUGGUGAUGGCACGAAAGAUGCUGAAACAACGACGUUUAGUGAAUUGAGCAAAUCACCGAGUGGUACUGAACUUCGAACAAAACCGAACGGUAAAUUCGUUCGAUCAGCAAGCCCUCGAAGAGUUUGCAAGGACAGCAGUUGUACGAACAAGAAAAAUCGUUUCAUCGUUCUUGGAUCUAGCGGUGAAGUUUUACCAGUCACUCGGAAAUCACUUGGUCAAAUGUCUGUUUACAGUAGUUGCAAUAGUCAAAGUACGGAUAGUUUUCAUAGUGCAAAAGAUACAAUGGACGAAGAAGUUGACGAAGAAGAACAAAAAUUAACAAGACGCUAUAGCUCGCAAUUGGAUACACCCGAAAGACGAGGUACAUUUGCACAAAGAUUGAAAGAAGCUCUCAAGCGAGAAAGUACAGCUACUGGUGCAUCUACUUCCAAUACUUCUUCCGGAGAAAGCAGUUACGCUGUUGGGAUAAGUAUCACAGGAAGUAACGUUUGUGAUCAGGAUAUCAAGCUCAAAAGAGGAGGUUCAAGGGGAUUCGUUUUGCGAGAUGAAACGGUCGACGAAGAUUUUCUAAAAGAGUCUUUGGAAGCAGAGCAAAAAUGGUUGGGUAGAUUCCGACAAAGUCAACCACCAGCGUUUCAAAGAAAAGAAACCAAUGCUAGUAGUAGAUAUAGUUUUAGUACCGAAUAUAAUUCUGACUUCUGUUCCGAAUUAGAAGAAGUCUACGAGCAAUUAUCAAAAUGGUUGGAAGAUCCAAUCGCAGCAGAUGAAAAUCGGGAAUUGGAUGCACGAGACAGAGCGGUUGUUAGAUUCGCUGGUUCUUUAUUAAAAAGAGCUCUAAGCGAAUCGUUUGCAGGUGUUCCACUUCAAGAAGGUGAACCACAACCUUUCAUCGAUUCGACUGAUAUCAAUCAAAGGCACAAAUUAGCUUUAGCUGUGAGAAGUUUAAGUUUAGAACUGGCACGUCAGAAAAGCAGAAGACAACAAUCGGUUACUGAAUCCGAAGACAUAGAACAUUACGAAGAUGCUCUGAACGAUGAGGCUACAAUAACAAAGGAUACGAAGGAUUGUCAACGCAGAAAACUGCGAGCUGUUGCAUUCACUUCUGAGAUACCUCGAGAGAAUAAUUCAAACAUCGGCGGAUUGUUGUCUGUAGCAACAGGCAAUUGGGGUUGUGGGUCAAGAUUGAAAGGUGAUCCACAAUUGAAGCUUGUCAUACAAUGGCUAGCAGCUUCAUUAGCAGGUGUACCAAGAUUAAUUUAUUACACCGCAGGAAAUUGUUCUUUAUCUAAGUUGGAUACGAUAAGUAGAGUUCUUCUAGACAGACAAUGGUCAGUAGGUGAUUUAGCUGCAGCUACAUUGAAGUUUUCCUUACAAGCAAUAGAAAAAAGGGUAGAAAAUAGAAGUAAUCUUUUUGAAGAAUUAAUUGGCAUGGACAAGCUGAGUCCUUAACCUGACCAAAUGCUGUCCGUUUUAGUAGAUAUUCUUGCUACUAUGAUAGAGGACAGCUUAUUAAUGUCGCGUGAACAAAAUACAAUGUCAAUAGCUGACGACAAUGAAUCGAAAUGAAUAUGGUACUAAAAGAAAAAAAUAAUAAUAGAAAAAAACAGGUCUAAGAAAAAAAUUGAAACUUAAGAAUUGUAAUAAGAUAUUUAUAUAGGUAUACGAUCGAAUAAGAUGUUACUUACGUUCUACUCUUACAUUCUAUCAAUUUGGUAAACUAAAACCAUUGUAAAUAUAAUCUAUAAUUUAAUUCCUUGACAUAAUCUCAAUAAAACAAUUAGAAUGUAAAAUCAUUAAUACUGUCAAUUUUAUAAAACAUCAAAUAAAACAUUAUUAUUCUUAUCCAAAAUUGUUGGAAUGAAAGAAUCGCGUAAAAGUAAGUAACUUCUUUUUCUACUUUAUCUUUCCAAGAUUUGAACUCGACUAAACUUAAAAAUGAAAAUGAUCAAUGAUCAAAACGAAAUACUUUAUCAUUUAGCAUAUCAAUACAAUGUCUCACAACUGCACAAGCUGUACAAAAUAGCCCUAUCGAAGUAAAAGUAGAUAUUCUGAUAUUUUCUGUAAAUAUAUGAAAAAGUGCAUUUUUUCAGGGAAAAAAAUGUUAAUGAUUAUAUAGGAAUAUAUAAAAAAACAGUAUUCAAAAGAAAA